AUAAAACACUUUUUAUUAUAGUAUUGCACAGGCUUUAAAUCCUGCUGGCCUGUCAUGCUACGGAAUCUAAUAUCGUUGAGGGCCAAGAGAGCCGCUCAACGGCUAAAAAAAUCAUUGGAAUCGCUUUCAGAAGCUUUAGCUAAUAAUGCCAACAAUACCCCUUCCCAUCUGCCAGUACCCGUACCUAUUCCCGUAAGAAACUCUAGGAAAGGGGCUCCAGUGGGAUCUAAUCCUUUCAACAGAAUGACCGGAACAAGAUCAUUAAGCAUGUUGGCAUUACAAAGAACUUCCAUGAGAAAUUAUUCAAGUAACCCGUUUAACCCUUUCCAUCAAGUUGGAUACUUUUUCAGAUUAACCAGAUCUUUUGGUUUCAAAGUAAAUCAUAUUUCUAGAUUUAAUCCUUUCAAUCCCUUCAAUCCUUUGAAUAGAUACAAAUUCUUCAAUGUAUUCAAAAUUAUGUUACAAUUUAAACAUCAACCAAUGAUUUCAUUAAGAGCAAAUUCUCGAAUGGCUAAUUGUAUUUGGAAUUUUUCUGCCUUUAGAUGUCAUUCAGCAUCAACAUCAUCAAGAUUUUUCAUCUUUCUGGGAUUAUAUAGAGCCUUUCCUCAAACUCAAGGUCGAUUAUUUACAACAUAUGCUUGUGGUGGACCAAUCCCAGGGUUUGGAUUUUCUGCUCAAAUAACUACAGAAACAAUUAAAAACUUGGCCAUUUCAUUUAGAACACUUUUCAAUUUGGAUAAAUCUACUUAUAAGCCAUUAAAAGCAUCUGAAAAUAAAUUCCAUCCAUAUUUAAAUGAAAAACCAACUGAUGAAUUAUAUCCAAACUCUCAUAUUAAAAGUGAUAUUAGAUUAAAUCUUUCAUUGACUCCAAAGCAUGCACAGACAACCAUGGCUAUAGGAGGAGAAGAAUAUCUCGAUGAUGAUGAUGAUGAAGUUCAUGUGAUCAUUGACGAAGAUGAAGAUGAAUACUUGUCUUCUCCAACUGAUACUCAUCACCAAUUGGUAAAUGGAUGUUGUGUUGACUUCCCAUUGGGUGGGAAUCUUUCCAUUCCUUCCAUGACCUUUUUAACUGAAGAGAUUUUGGGAGAAAUUAAUGCAAAUUUAACUUAUAUUAAUCGAAGAAUCAAUGAAUUAAAGCAAGAUUUUAUGAAUUUAAGUGAAUUGGGUGAACUUCCAAUUAAAUAUUUACCACAAGAAAAUGUUCUUCGAGUUUAUUUCCCCAAUUGUGAUAGAGAUAAACUUGAAACAUUAUUAAGAGAGAAAAAUAUCAUGGGAGGAAUCAUUCGAGAACAAGGUGAUUCUCUGAACAAUACCCCACAAUCUACAACUUUUAAUACAAAUGUUGAACAAGAUUCAAAUACUCAUAAAUGUGCACCACCUCCACCACCACCAUUGGUAUCGCAUAACUCUGAAAUCACCGAAAAUGAUUUAUUGAGUUCGUUGUACCAAUCUAAUGGUUCUUCUUCACAAUCUAGUGAAGAUUCAAGUGUUCUUUAUGAAGAUGAUGUUCUUUCAUCUUAUGGAUCUCUGAGAAGUCAUCAUCCAUUGUCAGAUGCUGAAGUCAUUCGUAUUAACGAUAUGGGUAUUAUUCCACCAAUGGUAUCCUCGGGUCCAAUAGCAAUUAGUGAUUCUAGUGGGGGUUACUAUUGGGUAGACCGUAAUUAAUUUGGGAAAGUUGAUCUUUAUCUUUAUUUUUGAGUUGGUGAUUUUUAUUCAGUUCGAGUUUUGGGACAUCAGUAGAUGGUUACGUUAUAGGUUUUUUAUUUUAUUUUUAAAAAAAAAUAUAUAUAUAUAUGGAUUAUUUAUUA